UCCUCUUUAACUUUCUUUUUUAUCAAAAUUAUUUUCUCCUUUUUUCGAGGCUCUAUAAAUUCAUACCUCAUUCCUCUUCAUUACAUUCUCCAUUCUUCCAUUUUAUCUCUCUAAUACUCACCACACAUUCACUGUUAAUUUCUUCGUUUCUCUCUAUCUUCCCCAUUUUCAGUUAUUCUUCCCUAAUGGAAGUCGCUGCAGGAUAAUUCUGGCUGCAUUCUAUGGCCUUGACUGGUAACUGGGCAAUGUUCGGGGGAAGAAACAACUCGGAAAUUAUUGGUAGUAGCUCUAAUCGUUACAGAACAACAAAGGAUUUGAAGAGUGUAAGUUUUGGCAUGGCCAGUGGGCUUGAUUGGAUAAAACAUAGAACGUCGUCUGUAUUUAAACCUUUAUUGAUUUGUUCUGCUUCUUCUUUCAUUCAUUGGUCUCAUAAAAUCCCUAUAUGUGAUGGAUUUGACGAGUUUCUCUAGCUGCUGAUAAAUUAAGUUUAUAAUUGGGUUUAAGACUUCGAGAGAUUGAUUGGUCUUUAGUGUACAAUUUGUACAAUCCAAUUUUUGUCGAAAUUUCAAACUAGGAAGAUGCCUGGUUUUGUUUGUGGAAAAAAAAGGUUAACUGAAUCAAACACGUGCUUCGCAAAUCACUCAAAAGACGCUCGUGGGACUGGGUCUAUGAUUGCAGAUGAUGGUUACGUCCCUCUUUUGCCGAGGCUUCCAGAUGAUGUGGCAAAGCUAUGCCUUGCACUUGUACCUCGAAGUGAGUUUCCCACAAUGGGUGCAGUGUCUACACGGUGGAGGUCAUUCAUUCGAAGCAAGGAGUUCAUCACUAUUCGGAAACAAGUGGGCAUGCUCGAAGAAUGGCUCUAUUUGUUGACAAUUGACGAGGAGGGAAAAGAGAGCAGGUGGGAGGUAUUGGAUUGUUUUGGUAACAAGCACCGAGUUCUCCCACCCAUGCCCGGUGAAUUCAAGAUGGGAUUCGGAGUUGCGGUUCUUCAUGGCAAGCUGCUCGUGAUGGCUGGCUGUACUGUUUAUGAAGGGGCAGCAUCUCCCACCGCUGAUGUUUACCAGUACGAUUGUUUUCUCAAUAGCUGGGACAAGCUUUCAAGCAUGAACGUUGCUCGUUAUGAUUUUGCAUGCGCUGAAGUUGGCGGGAUGAUUUAUGUCGUUGGAGGCUAUGGCAUGGACGGGGAUUCUCUUUGCAGUGCUGAGGUCUACAAUCCUGAUACCGGCAAGUGGACUCUGAUCGAGUCCCUUCGCCGCCCUAGGUGGGGAUGUUUUGCCUGUGGAUUCGAGGGCAAGCUUUAUGUUAUGGGCGGUAGAUCAAGCUUCACUAUUGGAAACUCGAAGUGUGUCGACAUGUAUAACCCAGUUGAUCACACAUGGACGGAGAUGAAAAACGGUUGCGUCAUGGUCACAGCUCAGGCAGUGCUAGGUAAAAAGUUGUUUUGCAUUGAAUGGAAGAAUCAGAGGAAAUUGGCUAUAUUCAACCCCGAAGACAAUUCAUGGAAGAUGGUUCCGGUUCCGGUUACUGGGAGUUUGAGUAUUGCGUUUCGGUUUGGUAUACUUGAUGGAAAGCUUUUGCUCUUUUCGCUUAAGAAUGAGCCUGGGUACCGAACAUUGUCGUACGACCCUGAGGCAGCCCCGGGUUUUGAGUGGAAGACAACCGAUAUCAAGCCCUCGGGCUCGUGCUUAUGUAGCGUGACUAUCAAAGCAUGAAAAACGUGUUGUAUGUUUGUGGUAUCCAAAUUGAAGUAAAAUGAAGUAAAUCUGAUAGGUAUAGAGGUUAAUACUCAUAUUGAUGUUGAUUUAUUGCUUGGAUGUGUAACCAAUGUGAAUGUGACUUUUGCGCUUGUCGCAAUUCUUUUAAUAAAAUGGUCCACCAACCUUUUAUUUU